AUGAAGCCCAUUUUGAUUACCGUUUUUGCCAUAUGGAUACUCACGCGCAGCUUGCCAGGCUUCGACAUGUGGGGACCCACUCUUGGCCGUGAAGACAUGCAGAAGUGCCAGAUUGUAGCUCGCUUCUUUCCCGUUAUGAUAGUAUCGCAGUUUUCGAUACUUGAGAUCGAUGACUCUGGUGAAGAGAAUUUCCUAUGCUCCUUCAAAGUGCGAGAAAAAGUUUCUUCAUUAGUACGUGUUUUUGAACAUGUCACAUCUGGACUUGUGGCUCUGUGCAUUAAGCGAUCGGCGGACCUUGUUUGUGUAGUUGUAUGCCUUCUGGAGAAACGAGUACCUUUUGUCUUUGUUCAGUCAGAAGACGAAGCAAUAUCGUCUAACGCUCGUUGGUUUUUCGAUGGAAAGCAGCUGGCAGAGUUUUCACGCAGUCAUGUGAGCAUCGAUGAUGCUUCGAACGAUUUAUGUUAUGUAAUCAAAACAUCUGGUAGCACUGGAAAACCGAAACUAGUUGGCGUUCCAUACUCUUGCAUCGAACCUAAUAUUGAGGACUUCAGAGAGAGGCUUUCGAUUUCACAUGAAGACAUCAUUUUGGGCUCCACGUCUUUUCUAUUUGACCCGUCCAUAGUUGAAAUGUUCCUUUCUUUCGUCAGUGGUGCGCUUUUGCUGCUUGUCCCAGACAAUUUUCGUUCUCAACCACAUCUGUUAUCUGGCAUACUGAGGAAAUAUACGCCUUCGAUUGUUCAGCUGACCCCGUCGGUAUUAUCGAUACUGGACGACAGUACUUUAGCGUGGAUGCUGGGUGAACUGUCUCCGAUUCGAUGCCUUCUUGUAGGUGGCUCGAGGCGGUGUUUUAUUGAUGGUGUUCUUGCCGGAGAAUUCACAUCUACAGGAGACAUUGCUGAAAUGAAAGGAAGCGAAUACUUCAUUGUUGGAAGAUUGGACGAUCAGGUCAAAGUUAAUGGUACUCGCUGCAAUCUCGCUUUUCUUUCCGAGCAAGUUGCGAGUUUGGAUGGGAUUGUAUUUGCUCAAUUCCUGUUGUGCAGAGAAAAGUUCUUGGUAUUAUUCGUUAAAUCCGCUUCACCAGUGGAACGAUGUUUGAAAGAGGUCCUUCCUCUCGCACAUUUCCCGGCAAAAAUAAUCUACUUGGAUCAUGUUCCGGUGAACUCAAACGGAAAGACGGAUCGUUCGCGAUUGAUCGCGAUACUGGAGGAAGAGCGUUUCAAUCAUUUGAAGUCACUCUCUUCCGUGCUCAGAUUCCUGGCAAAAUUCGGCAUAAAGUCAGCCACUGGUUUAUCGCUUCAUUCCUUUAUUGAUUACGACUCCCAGAAGGAGAACAUGUUGUGGCUGCUUCGCACUCCGGACUCAUCGUGUGCGUUCGUAUCAGUGAUGGCUUUUGUCUGUGGAAGCCACUUCUCGUGUCGAUUCGAGGCUUCUUUGGAACGUUGUAAUGAUUGCAUCGUCGCAGGCGGACUCGACGGAUGCGUCUAUUUUUUAUCCGUCUUCUCUGGCCGUGUCGAGUGGAAAUUUCCCACCAACGACAUUAUCAAAGCACCAUGUGUAUGUGUAGAUCCUGGCUUUGUGUAUGUUACAUCAUAUGAGAAGACACUCUAUAAACUGAACACCAAGCUCAAGAGUAUUUGCUGGUCCUGCAAGAUAUUAAGUGGAUCUCCAGCAAGGGCGGUACUCUGGAAUGAAUUUGUUUUGGUGACGACCAUCAAAGGUAGUGUUGAAGCCAUUGAUUCGAGUAAUGGAAAACACUGUUGGAGCUUCAUGGUCGGUUCUCCAAUAUUUUCAUCCAUAACGGCCCUCUGUCACAUCGGUUAUAUCACUGCAGUUGACGGAACAAUAACGAAGAUACGGUUGGACAGCGGCGAUAAAGAAGGCUCAGUCGCAGUCAAAGAACCUAUGUUUGCUUCUGUGGUUGUUUUCGAUGGUCUUGUCUACGCUGCAACACAACGCGGCUCGUUAUUCAUAGUGGAUGAGAACCUUUGUAUUCUUCGCUGAGGCGAAAAUGAAGUGCAUGGCUUUCGUUUAGGAAAUGGUAGUGUUUUCUCAAAAGUGUUGUUUCCUGAAGGAAAGCGAUACAUCCUCGCGGGUAAUCGUGAUGACUGGUUACGUUGCUUCGAAGUGCCGAUAAUCAUAUCCAAAUAUGAAAGCUGA